UUGGCCGGGGCUUCGGCGGGGCUUUCUGGGGGCAAAAAUGGCUAUGGCCAGCGAUUUCUACCUGCGCUACUAUGUAGGGCACAAGGGCAAGUUUGGACACGAGUUUCUGGAGUUCGAGUUUCGGCCGGACGCAGUUUUUGCUGUUUUAGAUUGAAUUUUUUUCCACUCCCCACAGGAAAGCUUAGAUAUGCCAACAACAGUAAUUAUAAAAAUGAUGUCAUGAUCAGAAAAGAGGCAUAUGUACACAAGAGUGUAAUGGAAGAACUGAAGAGAAUUAUUGAUGACAGUGAAAUUACAAAAGAAGAUGAUGCCUUGUGGCCUCCCCCUGAUAGAGUUGGCCGACAGGAGCUCGAAAUUGUAAUUGGAGAUGAACACAUUUCUUUUACCACAUCAAAAAUAGGUUCUCUUAUUGAUGUAAAUCAGUCAAAGGAUCCUGAAGGCCUUCGAGUAUUCUACUAUUUGGUACAGGACCUGAAAUGUUUAGUUUUUAGUCUUAUUGGAUUACAUUUCAAGAUUAAACCAAUCUAAAUUGUACGUUUUUUGAAGCUGUUUUUAUAUUUAAUUAAGGGAUGGGUAAGGGAGAGUUUAUUUGUCAUUUACAAUUUUGGGAUUUUUAUGAAUGUGAAGCAGAAAUUUUUUGUAUGCAAGCUGAAAUAAGAAAAUACAUUAACAGGCUUAAUGGUUAUCUUCACUUGUGUCCAAGUGGGUUGGACCGUUUCUACACAUUAAAUUUUGUAAAUAAAAACUACCUUCAGUUAAAAUUUUGCUCUAAUAAACUUAUCAAAGCCUGGA